GUUUCCAGUGCUUACUAUACUUAUAAAUAUUUAUAAAAAUAAAACAUCUGGAUCUAACUACAUUGCGCUCAACCAAAAAUAAUUAUGGCCGACAAAACCAUACGGAUCGGUAUCAUAGGCGGGGGUGCGUCGGGCGCCACGGCCUGUAAGGCGUGUCUGGAGGAGGGCUUUGAGCCCCUGGUGUUGGAGAAGAGCUCAUAUACGGGUGGUUUGUGGCGAUACCACGACGAGGACAUCGAUGGCGUGGCGUCUGUCGCCAAGUCUACGAUCAUUAACUCCAGUAAAGAGAUGUCCGCCUUCUCUGACUUCCCGCCGCCCAAAGAGUUCCCCAAUUAUAUGCACAAUACAAAGAUGGUAAAAUACUUUGAUUUAUACGGCGAGAAGUUUGGUUACGAAAGUUACGUGAAGUUUCGCCACGACGUGAUUGGGUUGGAGCCCAACGGCGACUACGACAGCACCGGGCGGUGGAAACUGACCGCUCGGGACAACAACAACGAGGGAAAAGUUACUGACUAUGUGGUGGACGGUGUGAUGGUCUGCACCGGACAUCACGUGCAGCCCGUGUCGCCCACAUUCAAAGACCAGCACCUAUUCAAUGGACAGAUAGUGCACACCCACUCAUUCAAACGGCCCGAUCCGUACGUAGACAAGCGGGUAGUGGUGGUAGGGGUCGGCAACUCGGGUGGGGACGCAGCUGUUGAACUGUCCUCCGUGUCCGACAAGGUGUAUUUAUCUACCCGUCGGGGCACGUGGAUAAGCAACCGGGUGGGCGCUAACGGGCGGCCGUCGGAUAUUAAUUUCAUAAAACGCACCUCGAACCUAUUGUUUUCAUACCUGCCCUACAAUACAGUUUGUUCAGUGAUGGAAAGCGCGGCCAAUAAACGCGUGGAUCACGAGAAAUACCAGUUAAAGCCCAAACACCGGAUACUAUCGCAACACGUGUUUGUGAACGACGCCCUCCCGAACCGUAUACUCUCGGGUACUGUUGUAGUGAAGGGCGAUAUCACGCGGUUUACACCCAAUGGCGUUAUUUUUGAGGGUGACAGUGAAGAGACCCCGUGCGAUGUGGUACUACUGGCCACGGGUUAUAAGCUGACGUUCCCGUUCAUAUCGCAAGACCUGAUCCCCACACCAAACAACAAGGUUGAACUGUUUAAGUACGUAUUCUCGCCCGGUUUGGCACAUCCCAAGACACUGGCCUUCAUAUCGCUAAUACAACCCAUCGGUGCGAUACUACCGAUUGGCGAAAUGCAGUGCCGAUGGUUUGCCCAACUCAUGGCCGGCAAGCGAUCGCUGCCCAGCCGUCAGGACAUGUUGGCCGACAUCGCGGCAAAACGGCACGCAAUGAAACGCUACUACGAGUCGGAGCGGCACACCAUUCAAGUGGAUUGGCUUAACUUCAUGGACGAGUUGGCCCAACAGGUGGGCGUCAAACCCAAUCUUUUGAAGUACUUUAUCUACGACAGGGAGUUGUGGCGGGCGCUGGUGUUUGGCCCGGCACUGCCCUACCAGUACCGGCUCGAUGGUCCGCACUCGUGGUCCGGCGCCAGAGAGGCUAUAUUGUCCGUUGAGGAGCGCAUUGCGGCCCCGCUGGCCACCAGACAACCCGGUGCUCGUAAAAACACUGAUAGUUUAGUGAGGGGUCGGGUGUCGUACGCGCCGCAGGAGUCGUGGGCUUUCAUAGCGAGUGUUCGACAGAAUAUUCUGUUUGGCUCUCAAUAUAAUGACGACAAAUACAAUCGAGUGGUGAAAUUAAUACAGUGCAACUUCUCCAUAGGGAACGGCCAGUUGCACGGCAAAAGUGUUUCUUAUAGAGAGUGUUUCUCUAAGGGAGGUUCUGUUAUACGUAUAGAAACUCCAAAAUAUAUUUCAAAUCCGUUCCUACAAAAGAGGUGUUCCCCCAAGAUAAGUUCCCCCAAAAGAGGUUGCACUAUUGAUGCCUGCCUGAAGUCCAAAUGGCUGACCGCCGGUGAAUUGAUAGGUUCAGCCCAAGCUGUGGCCACAGCCUUACUGAACAGAGGGCUCACCAAACAAGACAUGAUUGUCACGUUUGCCAACAACAGUGCCGAGCACUCAGUACUGGUGUUCGCCGCCAUUUUCCUGGGGAUCACUUUAUACCCGAUCGGACCCGUGGCUAAUGUACACGAGCUCCGGACUCUAUUGCCAACACUGGGUCCGAUUACCCUCCUCACUGACCGGGACAAGUCGAUCAUUGUUGACAAAGUACUCGCCGACAAAACUGUCAAAAUUCAGUCCAAACUGACCGUUAUGUUGGACGGAGAGGGCCGGGACGACACGUACGUAUCGUUCAGUAAGUUGUUGGCUGAAUGUAGUGACCGUAAGUUGGCUCGAGUCCCGCAUUUCCCGGUCGACCCUCUGACCGAUAUAUGCAUAAUGCUGCAGAGCUCGGGCACAUCAGGUGUGCCCAAAUCGGUACGGCUAUCGCAUCGGGCAUUUGUGGCCACCAUAUACUGUAAUAUAUACGACAGGUCACACCACUUGGAUCCAACAAUUUUCAGCGCAGUCACAACAUUUGGGUCCAUUUCAGGCCAGAUGUUUUUAUUCAGUUAUGUACUAAUGGGCGCAACAGUUGUGAUGUACAGCCGGGUAUCGGAAGAGGUUAUAUUGGACUCGGUGAAAAAGUACGGCAUUAAUACUAUGUUUAUGACACCAUUCUUGUGCAGUCGACUCGUAUCGGAGGGUUAUUUCCGUACGUAUGACUUGUCUAGUGUUCAGUUGAUUAUGUGUGGGGGCGCUGCCCUCCCGGCCCCAGUGGCCGAGUUAUUAGUCAAUCAGUACGGCGUCAAUUUACAUGAAGGGUACGGAAUGACAGAAUACGGUCCGAUUACACACUGGAUAAGUGCCGAGCGCUGGCAUUUCACGCCCGGAUCUGUGGGUCAGCCCUCGCGUAAUACCGAGAUUAAAGUCGUGGACACAAACACAGGACACAGCCUUCCGGCCAAUACAGAGGGACUGAUAUGCGUGAGGGGACCCAAACUCUUUACAGGUUAUCUCAACAUCGAGUCCAGCGAUGAUAUAGACUGUGAGGGUUGGCUCCGAACGGGUGAUAUCGGGCACUACGAUGAGAAACAUCGACUGUUUAUUACAGACCGGAUCAAAGAGUUAAUCAAAUGGACAACAGUUCAGGUCUCGCCCACAGAGUUGGAGCUCUUUUUACAGACACACCCAGCGGUGGCCGAAGUGGCCGUCAUUGGUGUCAGUCAUCGCACUGAGACUCAGUGGCCCCGGGCUUAUGUGAUGCGGAGGCCCGGCUAUACCACCACCGCUCAGGAGCUGUGCCAAUACGUGUCCGACUCCAUGGGAUUCCAGAAGCGCCUGAGGGCGGGUGUGGUGUUCAUCGAUCGCAUCCCGAGAACUAAUAUUGCAAAACGUUGCCAAACGUACAGGAAUUUCCUUUGGGUGUGGAGUCUACUCAUUCAGGCGCACAAAAAGGACCUCGAGUUCAGUGAUCUCUACCGCUGCCCAAAAUCAGAUGAGACACAUCUCGUCCGACAGAAGCUGCAAAUAUAUUUCAACGAUGACCCCAACACUAGCCAGUUGUGGGCCACGUGGGCGGCCGUGGCUACGUGCAGCAAAGUGGGAGUCAGAAUCCGGGCCGCGUGUUGUGCUCUAAUCUACCGCAAGGCGUCGAUUGUGCUAUACUUGUUGUGGACAUACCUUCGGUGGGCGUGUUUAGCGGGAAUGGGAAUACUUGUACUGUUUAUACCAUUUCAAGUACUAAUGGGUCGUAUGUUUCGGAGUAUACGUCAAAAGACGGCUAAAUUAACUGACAGUCGAAUCCGUUUAAUGCAAGAGAUUAUCGCCGGAAUGCGUGUCAUAAAGAUGUACGCCUGGGAACAGCCCUUCGCACAGUUGGUCGCAAACACUCGCAAAUGCAUAUUUCAAUUCAUCCCCUUCUUUAUCAUAACUGUAUGGAAAAAAUACCCCGUUUUCGGGGAACCGGGACACCGAUGGGACCUAUUCAUUAGGUGUAUCACUGGUACCACAUCACUAAUCACCCUGUACACAUCUUACCGGCUAAUGCCACUAUCUGAUUCAACCACAAUCUACCAAGCAUCCCCAAUAUUUGUCACAGUAUUUGCAUACCUAAUACUGCGAGAUCGACCCAACGUGGUCCAGCUAAUCACCGGGGUGAUAACAGUAAUCGGGGUGUUUAUCAUAUCUAAACCCGAGUUCAUAUUUGGUUCGGAUGGUCCGGACAAGUAUGACAAGCGCUCGAUUGGCUUAGUAUUGUCGCUGACCGCAGCGAUAACAUCGGCACUUUCCCUGAUUAAUUUGCGCAAACUUAAGUCGACCCCGGUGCCCGUAGUGGUCAUGUGGUACUCCGUGGCAGUUGUAGUCAUCGGUGGGUCAGUGUUACCAAUACUGGACCGUUGGAUACUACCAUCCGGUAUCAGGCAAUGGGGUCUAUUGGCGGCUAUAGGGGCUGCCGGUGUGUUGAAUCAAUAUUUCCAGACCACCGCGUUCAAAUAUGAAAGUCCCGGGCCCAUCUCGGUCACAAGAAGUUUUAAUAUUGUACUGGCAUUCAUAUGGGAAAUGACAAUAUUCCACGAACCUGUCCAGUGGCAGUCCAUUACCGGUGCUGUACUUAUUUCGUCGUGUGUAGUGAUGACAGCUGUGUAUAAGAUAUAUCAAGAAUGUCCCAAAAGGUUCGAGAAGUUUUUAAAGCCAGUAUUCCGGAUGUGCCGGAAAGGUAACGGUCACAAGGAUAGUGAUGGCAAUCCUAGUGAUUGUAACAAUAAUAGUAAACUACAGUUGGGUACGAGUGAUGGCCAGUUGAGUGACACUAUCAACACAAUCUCUAUCUCUCUCUCAAUUUGA